CUCACAUACGGCUUAUGACUACAUAACUCUUACAGUGGGUAAAAACCAUUGCGUUGGUUUAGUCAUCCCAACUAUCAUAUAAAGGAACCCCAAGUGCAACAGGGACAUAUUCAACUUAUCUCAACCAUGGACAGUCAUAUCGUCCUCUUUGUAUUUCUCGCCGCUGCUCUGGUCAUUUCAGUUCACUCUCAGGAGGAUGUGUCUUCUGGAGAAGGCGAAGGAGACGGAAGAACUCUAGGCUUGAUCAAGAAGUACUAUAACCACAAGAAAUACGGAGCCUCGCCCCAUUAUCUGGGCGGGGGUGGUCUGCUGGGCAGCUUGUUCGGGGGCCUUGGCGGGGGCUACGGUGGUUACGGGGGCUACGGGGGCUACGGGGGCAAUCCAUAUGGACACGGGCACAGCUAUGGUGGAGGAAGUCCUUUCAUUGGUGGACAUCCUGUCAAUCCCGGAGGAUACUACAGACCUGGAGGAUAUCCCCCAGGAUACGGAGGAUACCAGACAUAUCCUGGAGGAUACGGUGGUGGCUUUUAA